AAAAACAUGAAAGUUGAGACAUUUUUAUACAUUCUGUUAAUUUUAGGUUAUUUUGGAGUGAGUGGUUAAACAAAUUAACCUGGAGGAGUAACGACAACAUUAUAAACAGACAAUUAACCUUUAUAUCUUUGUGACACAGGUAAUAGUAAAGAAUAUACAAUAGGCUUUUUUUUCAAUGAUUAGAUUUGUAUGGCUUGCUUAACAGUAACAGGAGGAAAGUGUACUUGUAAAACAUAUAAUGGAUGUGAUACUCUUACUUGCAAUGAUGGUUAUUAUUAAGUUGGAUAGUAUAUUUAAUUUAAUAUAAUAUAGAUCAUGCAUUACAAUUCCAGAUAGUAAUUGUUUUAGAGGUGGUUUAGCAGCAGAUGGAACAAGCAUAGUAUGUUACUAAUGUGUUGCUAAUUCUGGUACAACAUUAAUAGGUAUAGUUUAUAUUUUAUAUAAUAGGUGGAAUAUGUGUUACUAAUAAUAAUUGCUUAACAUUUGAUUUAAAUACUGGUGUAUGUACUAAAUGUGCUAAUGGAUACUAUAAUGUAAUGGCUGAAUUUACACCCAGUGAAUAUUUUGAUACAACAGAAUCUACUUGGACUUCAACUAAUUAUCCUCUCUAUUUCUAAAAUAUUAAUUAAUGUAAAACUUGUAAUGCUGAUGCUUCAUGUAAAAGUUGUAAUUUCCUGUAAUUAUAUAAAUAAUUAAUUAUUAUAGUAAAUAAUGUACAGAAUGCAUAGAUGGUUAUUAUUUGACUGGAACUACAUGUACUUAAUGUAUAUCUGGAUGUUAAAAAUGUAGUGAUACUUCAACUUGUUCAGUAUGUUUGACAAAUUAUAAUUUAACUAAUUCUAAUACCUGUUUAUCAUGUAGUACUACCUAAUACUUUGAUACAUAAAAUAAAACAUGUGGAGAAUGUAAUACAAUUAACAACUGUUUAACAUGUAGUAAUUCUACUACAUGUACUAAAUGUUCUGAUGGUAAUUAUGCAGUCAAUGGAUCAUGUGUAACAUGUACAGGAUUUCCAUCAACUUGUUCUGCUUGUGAUGCUAAUAGCAAUUGUAUAAGUUGUACUUCAGUUACACCUAUGUCAAUUUUAUAAGGUGGUACAUGUAGAUAAUGUCCUUCUAAUUGUUAAUCUACUUCAAAUUGUUCAUAUAAUACACAAAAUAAUACUGCCUCAUGUUCUUUAUGUUAAGAUCUUUACUAUGUAACAUCAUAAGGAUAAUGUGCUAAAUGUGAUUCAGCUGGUGAACCCAAUGCUUUAAGAUGUCAUUAUGAUGCAAAUGUUUCUGGUAACAUUGUAUAUACAUAAUGCAAAACCUUAUACUUCUUAGCUAAUAACAAAUGUACUUAAGCUUAAUCUAAUAACACUUGUGCUAAAUUACUAGUUCCAACAGAUCAAACUGCUAUCAAUAAUUAAAGUUGUGCUGAAUGCUGGCCUGGAUNA